AGACUGAUGAAUUCGUAAAUACUUUUAUUAUUAAGUUAAUUCUCUGAAAAUUGUCCCCUCUUCAGCGACAGCUCGGCGCUAGCUUAAAGGAAACGUUAGCAACCUGAUAUUAUAGCACCUCAGACCAGCUCAUUAUAAGCGUUGUCGGAGAAGGAGGAAAUUCAAGUAUACCAUCUGAAGCAGAAUACAUCGACUGUGAGUGGAUCAUCAGGCAGUCUCCCUAUGUCAGGCCGAAACGGGUCUGCCAGUGAUGCAGACUGCCGGAUCUCUGAGGACUGCCAGGUCCCAGAUGUUGAGCUGAUGGAGCUGGGGCCAUUGCUGGAAGAGGGAGGGGCGCGGCAGGCAGUAUCCAAAAGUGUCCAUCCUGAGGGAGCCGCAAUGCUUGCUGAUGAGGAAGAGGAGGAUGAUGAGGUGGGUGAGGUUCUGACCUUACCACUACAGGCUCACCAUGCCAUGGAGAAGAUGGAGGAGUUUGUACAUAAGGUUUGGGAGGGGCGCUGGAGAGUAAUCCCUUUUCAUGUCCUGCCAGAGUGGCUGAAGGACAACGAUUACCUCCUGCAUGGACAUCGACCACCCAUGCCAUCCUUCCGGGCCUGUUUUGGAAGCAUUUUCAGAAUUCACACUGAAACAGGAAACAUCUGGACUCACCUGUUAGGGCUGAUCUUAUUCCUGUGUCUGGGCACAUUAACCAUGCUGCGGCCCAACAUGUAUUUUAUGGCUCCGCUGCAAGAGAAGGUUGUGUUUGGGAUGUUCUUCCUGGGUGCUGUGCUUUGCCUCAGCUUCUCCUGGCUUUUUCAUACGGUCUACUGCCACUCUGAGAAAGUGUCUCGCACAUUCUCCAAGCUUGACUACUCGGGGAUCGCCCUCCUAAUCAUGGGCUCCUUCGUGCCCUGGUUGUACUACUCAUUCUAUUGUUCCCCUCAGCCUCGCCUUAUCUACCUCACCAUUGUAUGUAUCCUCGGCAUUGCCGCCAUCAUUGUCGCCCAGUGGGACCGAUUCUCUACACCUCGUCACAGACCUACAAGAGCAGGCGUCUUCAUGGGUCUCGGACUAAGUGGCAUUGUUCCCACCAUGCACUUCACCAUUGAGGAAGGCUUUGUUAAGGCAACCACAGUUGGCCAGAUGGGUUGGUUCUACCUGAUGGGGGCCAUGUAUAUCACCGGCGCUGGUCUGUACGCAGCCAGGAUCCCUGAACGCUAUUUCCCCGGCAAGUGCGACAUCUGGUUCCAUUCUCAUCAGAUUUUUCAUGUUCUGGUCGUGGCAGCAGCGUUCAUCCAUUUCUAUGGCGUUUCCAACCUGCAGGAGUUCCGAUACGGCCUCGAGGGAGGAUGCACAGAUGACUCUCUGCUCUGAGAGGCCUGACUGUGACUUAAACUUUUCUCUAUAGCCCCCUCUCUCUCUCUCUCACACACACACACACACACACACACACACACACAAAAUGCUGCUGGAAUUCAAAACAGUCACUUAUUCCUCCUUCUAUACUUCUGAUUUUUUUUUAACAUCUUGUUUGGGUUUUUUGUGAUCUUUCUGCUUUGGCUCCUUUUUGCUUCAAUAAAGUAGCAUCAACUAGUCAAUGUACCAUGGUGGAAACAGGCGCUACUUGUUAAUAAAAUUGUUAUUAAGCUUAAAAUCUGCAUUUUCAGCUAAGAUAAAAGUGGGAUUUUAGCCAAAAAAAGUCAUGUAUUCCUGAAACUGCAGCUUACUAGUACCCCAGCCACUUUGUUAUUUGUCACCAAUUUGUGCUGUAGAAGAAGGCACAUACUGUAAACCAUUCCUUUCCUAUUUUCCAUGGAAGCUAGUAGAUGAAUGGGCUGUCUUGCAGGAGUUUGGUGUAGAGCAGCUAAGGACAGCUUAGGUGGUUGGGAGCAUCUAGUUUUCGGCACGGUUGUCAGCACUUGUUUUUCGUUUUUGUUUGUCUGUUUUGGUGAGUGUACCGGCACAUAUUCAUUUAUCUGUUACAUAAGCCCACUCAGCAAUAAACCACAAGUUUAUCUGAAAGCCCGGUCAAAGCUUAAGUGUUACAUUCUUAUAUGGUUUUAGGGUGACUUUGAACCAUAUGCCUAGAGGGGGAAAACUGCCUCUUGGCUAACUCCAGCUCAUCCACAGCUCAUUUGUUCAUGUGGACACUCCCUGCUCAGCAAACAGAUCAAUAAUUUUUGAAUAAAGCUUAGAGCUUAGGCCCCAUAAAUAAGAGCUACGCACAGUAAGUGUCUGAAUAACACAUGGAUUAAAGCUAAUCAGAUCCUCACAGGGUUGGAUAUUUCUUUUCUGUUUCUGUUGCAUCGUUUAAAUCAAGAAAAAUCCCAAAUGGAUCAUUUUCAAAUCAUUUAACGGCACAGAAAAGCCCUAAGAGUUUGUAGCUGCUGUAUAAAAAUAAAUCAGCUUAGUUCAGGUUAAACUAAGACGCUUGAAACAUUGAGGUGACUAGAACUACCCAGUCAUUAUUUAUCAGUCACCUGGCACUUCAUGGAUUAAUUUCUAGAGUUAGUUCCUGGGCUACGCACAAUGUACAGAUAUGGAUUGGUUCAAUUGCGUUUUUGUCAGAGGUUUUUCUUUUGUGCUAGAUCUCAAAUGGAGUGAGAGGUAUAAAUAUCAAAUACACCUUAGCGUACAUUAUUAAAUUAAAAAACUUAGAAUCCAUAUGAGGAAACAUGCUCUGUAUAAACUUUUAGUAUUCCUGUGCCUUAGGCCAAUGGAAAUGUUUUUAAAUAAAAUGGCCUAUCUUAAGAGUCAAGGGAGUAUCAAGGAUUUCCAGAUGUUGACUUUUCUUGUUUUCCUUGCCAUAUAUAUAUAUAUAUAAAUAUACAAUCGAAUCAUUACUGGAUUUGCAUUACACUUACACUUCCAUUGAUAGGUUGUAUGAACUUCAAUUUAAGACUCCUUUUUCUAGAUGAACUUAUUCAAGCUUUAUUACAAAGACUAAAACAACGUGUAUUCUUGACUUUGUGUAAUGUCCUGUGUAGAAAGUGAUAAAUCAUACAUUUCACAGAAAUGUAAACCUAAAUAUUUAUUAAUGGUAAUCUUGGAAAAUUAUUGUAAUAAAUUCUUUUCCACACGUGAAAA